CGCUAGGCAAAGCGCUAGAUAAUACUGUCUGUAACGUCUGCGGUUACAGACACCAGCAUAGUAGCCUAUAUACAGCCCAGGCGGUUGAGUCUAACACAGUUGCGAUGCUGACCGUCGUCUGCAAAUCAGCUAAAAACAGUUUAUCCACAGCAGUUACUUUAAAAUGCUUUACAAACUCGUAGACUAUUAUCGCUUCCAAGAGCAAGCUUUCCACUUCUGGCUGUCCGCCAGCCAUGGACCCGCAAGUCGUUCAUCGCCUGCGGCGUUUGCUCCUCUUUCACCCAGACGGCUUGCCAAUACACCUAGUGCCGCAUAACUGGCAGGUCGCCUACGGCGUACCACUCCUGCCCCACUUACUAGGGUAUCAGUCAUGCUCUCAGCUGUUAGCGGCGGCGCCACAAGCCGCUUCCAUCGGGCCCCCACCCGAGUACCGGGUCACAGCAGUCCUCACGGCCGCCGGGGUGGAGGAGCUGUUCGAGUAUGUACGGUCGGAGGUGGAGGGUUUGCCGCCCGCGGAUGCACUUGGACAUGGCAGGGCCCAGCCGCAGCAGGGGCGCCAUGUGUCGUACGAGCUGGUGCUGUCAGCCAUGCAGUACUACCUGGCUAACAGGCCGCUAGAGUCCUACGGGCUGCCCCCGCCCCGGGGCCUGCAGGAGCUGAUGCACCUGGACCGGCGGGUGGGGGCCGCAGUGGAGGCGUUCUGCGCGGGCAGGUGUGUGGUGAGCCUGUGGGAGCUGCAGCGCCACAUCUGCACCACGGAGGUGGUUCCGGAGUACGGCAGGCUGCGGCUGGGGCCGCUGGCCGCCCACCCAGCCGUACGCCGCGUCUUCUUCUCCUCUCCACCAGCAGCAGCGGCAGCAGCAGGGGGGCCUCCUGGACAGCCGCCCUCCGCGCCGCCGCUGCCUGCGUACGCGCAAGAUCCAGGAGCCGCCAUUCCCCACAUCUCAGCCUUCGACGUCGCCGCCGCCGUACGACGCCAGCUCGCCGUACGCGGCGUCAAGGCCUGCCGCGCAGCCGCCGCCGCCGGGGUCGCCAGCGCCCAGGGCGCAGCCCUGGUGUCUGCCGUACUAGAGGACGUUGCGGCCGCCGCCGGCAUGCCUGUCGUACCAACUGCCUCCAACUGCAACCCCCCCGGCCAGCAAAGCCAAGCGGGUCCUGCUCCCCGCAGCGGCCACUCUGCCUCCCAGCCGCUUCCACAGCAGCCCUGCACACCGCUGGCAUGGCGGCUGGGGGUGGCAGUGUUCGAUUUGCUGCUGUACGUGAACAUCGCCGCAGCUGCCAUUGAAGGCGAGCAGGCGGCGGCGCUGCGGGGUGCUGCGGGUGCUGUACGGCAGGAGGCCCCGCUGCCGCCGCCUGCGUCGGCUCCUGCACAGGCCGUAAAGGAGGAGGACUCCGGGCCGAGGAGGAAGUCUAAGAAGGAGGAGAAGAAGAACCAAAAGAAGAAGCUGCAGGGGGCAGCGGAGGAACCGCAGCAGCAGCCGCAGCAGGGUGCUGGUACGGCAGCAGCAGCGGCGAAUCCAGGUGGAGCUCGAAGGGGGGUGCAACCGCAGGCUGCUCCCCUGCUGGUGGAUCCGUCGCACUACGGCUUCCUGUCGCCCAGCCAGCAGGCAGCCCUCAGCCGCCGGCAGCUCAAGGACAUGUUCAUCCCCAGCACACGCCGCGGCCCGCACCCACACCCACACCAGCAGCUCCCAGCCGCCCCGCCGGCGGGUGCAGCAGCGCGGCGCAUGUCGGAUGCGCUUGCGGCCCUUCGCGAGGAGCGGGAGGGAGCGGGCGCUGCAGCUGCUGCCAGGACUGUCACGACUGCGGAGGAGCUGGAGGCUGAUGACGACGAGGAGGAUGACAGCAGUGACAGUGACAGUGGUGACGAGGAAAGCAGCAGCAGCAGCAGUAGCGGUGACAGCAGCAGCAGCAGCAGCAGCGGCGAUAGCAGUAGCGAUGAGGAGUCGAGCAGCAGUAGUAGUAGCAGCAGCGACGAUGACAGUGACACCUCAGCCGAGAGCGACAGUGACCGCGGCCGUGGGGGCAAGCGCCGACAGCUCUCGGACGCGCGCAGGAGCAGCCAGAAGAAAGCAAACGUGCGGAGAACGCGCGGGGGCAGCGGCGAUGACAGUGAGGAGGAGGAGGAGGAGGAGGAUGGUGGUGGCUCUGACGGCGGUGAUGAGGUAGGGUUGCUGCUGGGAGGUCUGGCGAACCCUGGCGCUCAGCUGCCCCGGGUGCCUGGGCCCCUGGAGUGCAGUGCGGAGGCCCGACAGAGCUUGGGCAAGCUGCACGGCCUGCCCGCGAACUACAACGCGGACCAGCUGCAGGCCGCCUUCCAGCGGUUGCUGAGUCAGGUGCUGGGCGGGGCGCGGGUACAGGCGCAACCCGAGCGCAGCUUCUACGUCUCCGUGGUGGCUCUGCUGGUGCAGCAGUUCGUGGCCCCCAUCAUCCGCGCCCAAGCCGGCAGCAAGUCCGCCCAACCCAAGGGGCGCAAGGCCCUCGCAGCCAAGGUAGCCCACAUAGAGCAGAAAUACUCCGCCAGCCCCCUCAUCCACAUGCUGCUGAGGGCGCUGCAUGCUGCCAUGCGCGGCCGCAUGCCGGUGCAUGAGGCCCAGAUGGCAGCCGUACGGGAGUACGACAAGGAGGCUGUAGCGCUGGCGGAGGCGACUGUCGUACAAACUGCUACUGCCAACGUAAGACAAAAGAGCCAGGGCGGAAGAGGCAGUGGGCAGGCGCCUAGGAAGGGAGGAGCAGCAGCUAAGGCUGGCGUUGAGAAGAGCAUUAGUAGCAGUGAGGAAGAAGAUGAUGAUGGGGAUGCGCCGUACAUUCGAGAUGCGGCGGGACGAGCAGCGUUACGAGGGAAGGUGGUUGGGGAAGGCCGGCGCGUUGGGGUGCUGGGAGGGGCUGGGAAGCGGCGUCAGAAGAAGGCAGCGGAGGCAGGAAGUGGCGGGCAGGGAGCCGCAGCGGCAGUCAUUUCUGUCAAUGCCCAGCAGGGUGUCGUGUCCUCCCUGCUGGCGGUGGAGGCGGCGCUGGUGGCCGCCCGUCCCGCUGCCGGCUGGACCCCCGAGGCGCUCGCUUGUCUGCGCACACGCCUCUUCCAAUGUGAGGGUGGAAGAGGCGGGAGCGGAGACGAUGCGGGGGCUGCUGCUGGGGCAGGCGGAAGGGGCAGCCAGCAAGUUGGGCCUUAUUUUGGCUCUGCAAAGAUGCGAGCUCUGGCGACCUUCUUCGACUUCAUGGUGCGAGGGCAGCUCGCGCAGGCGGCUCCGGAGCAGCAGCAGCAACCACUGCCGCAACAACAGCAACCACAGGAGCUGCAGCAGCAACAGCAGCCCCAACACGAACAGCUGCAACGGCCGCAACAGCAGCAGCAGCAGGGUGCUUCCAACCCUGCACCCACAGCACCGGCGGAGGCGCCUGCAGAGCUGCCGGCUUGCCAGCUGCCACGCGCCCACAUCCUCGCAGCGUUACGUG